AUGUCCAUCCCAUUUCGCACCAUUGGCAAAGAUGGCCCUCAAGUUCCUGCUGUAGGACUUGGUCUCAUGAGUAUAGGUGGUAUUUACGGGUCAGCUGGUACUCUUGAAGACAAGUUUGCUCUCCUGGAUCAUGCGUAUGCCACCGGUCAGUUGUUCUGGGACACUGCCGAUAUCUACGCCGACAGUGAGGAUAUUGUGGGGGAAUGGUUUCAGCGCUCCGGGAAGCGCAACGACAUCUUCCUUGCCUCGAAGUUUGGUCUAAUUAUGGAUCCCGUCACCCGCAGGGCGACAAUUCGAUCCGACCCCGAAUACGCGAAGACUGCAUGUGACAAGAGUCUUCAGCGUCUGAAGGUCGAUGUCAUUGACUUGUACUACUGUCACCGAGUUGAUGAAAGGACUCCCAUCGAGAAGACUGUGCAAGCUAUGGUCGAAUUGAAAAAUGAGGGAAAGAUCCGUAAUAUCGGCCUUUCAGAGGUUUCGGCUGCCAGUCUGCGCCGUGCAUAUGCAGUCCACCCCAUCGCCGCUCUGCAGAUGGAAUACAGCCCAUUUGCACUAGAUAUUGAGAAGAACGAGCUGCUGCAAACUUGCCGUGAACUCGGUGUCACAGUGGUCGCGUACAGUCCUAUCGGUCGCGGUCUCCUUACUGGCCAGAUCCAGCGCUAUGAAGACUUUGAUGAAAACGACUGGCGACGUUACCUGCCCAAGUAUGCACCGGAUCAUUUCCCCAAGAUCCUGGAGUUGGUUGAUGGGCUGAAGAAGGUUGCCCAAGCCCAUGGAAGUACACCGUCGCAAAUUUCAAUUGCCUGGCUGUUGGCUCAAGGAUCCGACAUCAUCCCAAUCCCUGGCACUCGGUCAUCUGACCGAAUGGAGGAGAACACCAAGUCUGCCCUGAUUCAGCUGACUGAUGAAGAAGUGAAGCACAUUCGCAGCCUUGUUGAGCGGACUGAGGUCCAAGGCGAUCGUUAUCUUGCGGCAAUGGGUGUCAAUGUUGUCGCCGAUACACCGCCGCUUUGA